AUUCAUAAACACGUGCACACUUGCAUUGAUCCACAACUUGUUCUUCUAUAUUAGCAAAGAAUGAUUGCUUUAUUUACCAUCUCUUUCUCUUUAAUCUGUCAUUCUGAUCAUCAGUUGUGCAAGUAUUGAUAACGUGUGCAGUGAGUGAUGAUCUGUGUUGUUAGAGUGUGGAGACAUUGCUCUGACACUGAAUGCUGCAGGCAGCUCCUCCCAUCCGGAUAUAAGAGCCAGCUGAGCAGGUAGUCAGAGUUCAUCCCUCCAACAGGACACUGGUACUGACUGAUGAGGAGGCUGCACGCUCUGUGAAAACAUUUUUAUUCUGUAGCUGUGACAUGCUUUCUCCUUUUCAUACUGAGAUGUGAGGAUAGUCCCUGCACGUGGUUCCGGUCUCAUCGAACUGAACAUUUGGAGUUUGGACUUGAACGCUUUACAAUGACUUUCGCCAUGCUGCGGCCCGUAGCGACACACUUGAUCUACUCAGACUUCACCGUCACGUCCGAGGAUGACGAAAACCGCAGCGAGAGCGACGGCAGCUCGGAGCAAAGUUACUGCGGAUCAACCGAGAAACGACGCAGGAUUUCCCGCAAAUUGGACGGAGACUCGACGGUGGUGGUGAAGCAGAGGAGCGCGGCUAACGCCAGGGAGAGAGGGAGGACCCAGAGUGUUAACACCGCUUUCACAGCUCUCCGGACUCUCAUACCCACCGAGCCUGUGGACAGAAAACUGUCAAAAAUCGAAACUCUGCGUCUGGCGUCCAGCUACAUUUCUCAUCUGGCUAACGUGCUUCUUCUGGGGGACGGCGGCCCGGACGGACAGCCGUGCCUCGGCGUGGUUCACGCGCAGGGAGAGAGCGGGGGGCAGCAACCGAGGACCAUCUGCACAUUCUGUCUGAGCAACCAGAGAAAAGGGAUAAAGGAUGGCAAAGACUGUUUAAAAAUGCGAGGGCUGGGUCCACUGAGAAUGAGACGCUGACCGAAGACCAGUGGAUGAUUACAACCUGAAAAUCCUCAAAGACUUUCUCAGGGAAGAGUCAUAGCUGGUGUUACAAAACACACAAACACAUUGGAACAUGCACACAAACCUACACGUACAUGUACUCGAAAAAGCCUCCUGUGAACAUGCUGGAUGAAAUGAUAAAAACCAAAGAAGAGACUAUUUAUACUUUAAGCAUAAGCCUUUCAAAGAUGCAGUGCAUUUGUUUGAAACUUGUGCGUUUUUUCCUCAUUCUCUCACAAAAAG